AUGAUAGAAAUUCAUAUUAAUAUUUAGUAGAGAGCAUUGAGAAAUUCCAUUGUUAAUAAGAUUUAUUAAAAAUAUAAUAGAAAUGCUGGUUUUAGAUUUAUAGAAUUUAAAAAUUAUACAGAUGGAGUUGUGGCUGUGCAUUUUGGGUGUAAGUUAUGA